AUGCCUAGAUAUAUGAGAGAGUGCUUCCUCAUUCUCAAUGCUAUAGCAGCGGCUAAUAAAAGAGCUAUACAAGGCCGCCGUAGUCGCCUUGAGCAGCUCCCCACCGAACUCAAACUGAUAAUCAUCGGCUUCCUUCCCGAUGGUGCAUCAAUCAUAAAUCUGUCGUUAAGCGGCCCCGAUUUCUGUGCCGUGGUCUGCGCCCACGAAAAGAAGAUCAUCGAGGAUGCCAUGACCAUUAUUCCUCCUAGCCUCGUGUAUCUGGCUGUUGCCAACUAUAUGAUCUCUACCGCACCCUGGCACAUCAACGAAAGGAAACAAAGAGGCUACGGCAGAGGUCUGAAACUGUCCGAAGCCUACGGCACCUCUGUCCUUGAUUUCGUUGAACUAUACCGGCUGCCUCAAGAGUUGACUCUAGAGAAGACGCACCCGGAAAAUAUGUCACUGAUCCAAGCGGAUAUCUACUUGAAGACAUACAUGGCAGUUUCUUACUAUGCGAAACUGUUAUCGAAACAAGCCAUGCUAGGAAUUCCCGAAGGGAUUGAAUUUAACCGCGAAGUUACAAGCACAGUUCUGGCUCGUUAUGAAAAGGCCCUCUACAUCAUGCAGCUCGUGUCUAGUUUGUUUUCUUGGCAGGGAUCGGACCCGGAACAGUAUGAGAUGGUGGUCGCGUGGGGUGUUUUCUGGUUCUCGCUAUUUCCCUGGGAAAUCGAGCAGGUCUUUUGCGUACAGAGGCUCCUUGAGAGACACAUUGGCAACUUGGCUAGUAAGCACCGCGUAGCACAACACGGAUACGAACACUCGAACCCUCAGGAAAAGGUCUUCCUCUCGAAAUUCGUGGUGCACAUGGGCCCCCUUGCGCUCUGGCAAGCGGAAAUGCGGACCCAAACCUCGAUGUCAUCCCGCGUUGAAUUCUUUAUGAAGUCCUUCAGACUCAACGAAUUCUUGACUGAAGGGGUCGCUUUGCCGGGGUUCGGGGCUACAGUGACUUUGCCAAGGGCGAUCCAACAGCUAGAAUCACCUCGGAGAGAUAAGAUCGACCAAGGCCCCAUGGAACUCUGGUAUUAUACGACGGUGGUGGCUUUGAGUCGAGCAACGCGGCAUCGGGGCCCGGAGUUUUUCAACUCACAACGUGCUCUGAUCUAUUCUGCGUAUAUGCUCUGGGACCGCAUGCAACCCGAUUCGUAUGCGAUGCCCCCUCUAGAAGAAAUGCAAGAAUCGCUAGCACGCUUCAUGCAUCAGUUUGAUCUUUCGUUAUACGAAGACCUGCAGUAUCAGAUGCUCGAUGGCUUUCCGAUUGUCGAUAUCAUAGCAUGGACUAUUCUUGCUGCUAUAGCCGAGAUCCAGAGAUUCUUACGGAGGAAGCGGAACUAG